AUGCCGCUGCUGUUCCUGGAGCGGCUGCCCUGGCCCAGCCUGCGCACCUACGCGGCGCUCAGCGGCCUGGCCCUGCUCGGCGCCAUCGGCAGCGCCCUCCGCGCGCUCGGGCCCGGCGCCCCGGCCCCGGCCCCGGCCCCGCCGCCCGGGGAGCCCGGCGCCGCGGCCCCGCCGCCCGGCCCCGCCGCCGCGGCCCGGCCGAGCGCGGGGGGCCCGGGGCUGCGCGACGUGGCCCAGUUCCUGCUCGCCGACAGCCUGUUCGUGUGGGUUCUAGUCAACACUGCUUGCUGUGUCUUGAUGCUGAUGGCUAAGCUAAUCCAAUGCAUUGUGUUCGGCCCUCUUCGAGUGAGCGAGAGACAGCACCUCAAAGACAAGUUCUGGAAUUUUAUUUUCUACAAGUUCAUUUUCAUUUUCGGCGUGCUCAAUGUCCAGACCGUGGGAGAGGUGGUCAUGUGGUGCCUCUGGUUCGCCGGGCUGGUCUUCCUGCACCUGAUGGUUCAGCUCUGCAAGGACCGGUUUGAAUAUCUCUCCUUUUCUCCCACCACCCCGAUGAGCAGCCAUGGCCGGGUGCUGGCCCUGCUCCUGGCAAUGCUGCUGUCCUGCUGCGGGCUCGCCGUCAUCUGCUGCGUCACCGGCUACAUCCACGGCAUGCACACGCUGGCCUUCAUGGCCGUGGAGUCCCUUCUUGUCACAGUGAGGACUGCUCAUGUGAUUUUGCGAUACGUGAUCCACCUUUGGGACCUCAAUCACGAGGGGACGUGGGAAGGGAAGGGGACGUAUGUCUAUUACACGGAUUUUGUCAUGGAGCUCACUCUCUUGUCUCUGGACCUCAUGCAUCACAUCCACAUGCUGUUAUUUGGCAACAUCUGGCUGUCCAUGGCCAGCCUGGUCAUCUUCAUGCAGCUGCGGUACCUGUUCCAUGAGGUGCAGCGCCGGAUCCGCCGGCACAAGAACUACUUGCACGUGGUUGGGAACAUGGAGGCCAGGUUUGCAGUUGCAACUCCAGAGGAGCUGGCUGUCAACAAUGAUGACUGUGCCAUCUGCUGGGACUCUAUGCAGGCUGCACGCAAGCUGCCCUGCGGCCAUCUCUUCCACAACUCCUGUCUCCGCUCCUGGCUGGAACAAGACACCUCCUGCCCGACGUGCAGAAUGUCUCUGAACAUCGCCGACAACAACCGCGUCCGGGAGGACCAUCCGGGAGAGAACCUGGAUGAGAACCUGGUUCCCGUGGCCGCCGCCGAAGGCAGACCCCGCCUGAACCAGCACAACCACUUUUUCCACUUUGACGGGUCCCGGAUUGCAAGCUGGCUGCCGAGCUUUUCAGUGGAAGUGAUGCACACCACCAACAUCCUAGGCAUCACGCAGGCGAGCAACUCCCAGCUGAACGCAAUGGCUCAUCAGAUCCAGGAGAUGUUCCCCCAGGUCCCGUACCCGCUCGUGCUGCAGGACCUCCAGCUGACACGCUCGGUUGAGAUAACCACAGACAACAUUCUAGAAGGACGGAUUCAAGUACCUUUUCCCACACAGGCGGAGCGCGUGCCGCUGGCCCUCAGUCCCCGGCUGGAGGAGGCGCUGGACUUCGGCGAGGCGGAGGCGGAGCCCAGCGAGGGGGAGGACUUCGAGGCCCGGGGCAGCCGCUUCUCCAAGUCGGCCGACGAGCGGCAGCGCAUGCUGGUGCAGCGCAAGGACGACCUCCUGCAGCAGGCGCGCAGGCGGUUCUUGAACCGAAGUUCUGAAGAUGACUCGGCCUCAGAGGGCUGCCUGGCCUCGGAAGGCGUGCCCUCCGACCCUGUGACCCUGCGUCGGAGGAUGCUGGCCGCGGCCGCGGAGCGGAGACUUCAGAAGCAGCAGACCUCCUAG